UCAUUUCAGUAUAAAUGGGGUACCUGGUUUGUGUUUUUGUUUUAUUUGUGCCACUGUUUUUUCCUUUCUAAUUUUCAGGAAUGCAAAAGUAUAAACAGAAUGGAUCCAUCAUCAGGGGCCAGAUCAAUUGUUGUUCACGUGGAGGGAAUGACGUGCAAUUCUUGUGUACAGACUAUUGAGCAGCAUAUUGGGAAACUAAAUGGAGUUCAUGACAUUAAAGUUUCCCUGGAUGAUAAGAAUGCCACCAUUGUUUACAACCCCAAAGAGCAAAUCCCGGAGUCACUGCAGGAAGCCAUUGAAGACAUGGGGUUUGAUGCUGUUGUCGAAGACGCUAACCCACAGUUCGUUCCGUCUGACACCACUUUCCUUACAAUUCCCGCCCAGGCAAUUGCAACGUGUGAACAGAUUCGUACAGACCUCCUAAAGAUGAAAGGCAUUCUGGAUGUGAAAAUCUCUUCUGACAAAAAAACUCUAGUUGUAACCUUUGUUUCUUCCAUUCUAAAUAGCAAGCAGAUUAACCAAAUAGUACCAGGAUUAAGUUUGGAUAAUGCAACACAGGAGAGAAAUCAAGGAACAUGUGAAGAUGUGAGUUUAAGCCAAAUAAAUGACGUGGUGCUAAGAAUGAAAAUAGAGGGGAUGACCUGCCAUUCCUGUACGAGCACCAUUGAAGGAAAAAUUGGCAAACUGCAAGGAGUCACACGAAUUAAAGUCUCCCUGGAUAAUCAGGAAGCUAUAGUCACGUAUCAGCCUCAGAUCAUCACAUCAGAAGAAAUAAAAAAGCAAAUAGAAGCGGCGGGUUUCAUCGCAUCCAUAAAGAAAAUGUCUAAACCGCUCCAACUCGGUGCUAUCGAUGUAGAGCGGCUGAAGAACACCCAGAGCAAAUGCUCAGAAAGGACACCGCAGGAAAGUUUGGGAGACAAGCUGAACACAAAGACCACCACCUUCCGGGUUGAUGGCAUGCACUGUAAUUCGUGUGUCUUCAACAUUCAGAGUAGCAUAUCAGCACUUCCUUCAGUGACCAGCAUCACAGUGUCUUUGCAGGAAAAGUCGGCUACUGUCCAGUAUGACCCCAGCCUCAUCAGCCUUGGUACACUCAGAAGAGCGAUAGAAGCCGUCUCCCCGGGGACUUUCAAGGUCUGCCUUUUGGACGCGCGUGAAAAUGCUGAGCAUACUAAGAACUCCAAGUCUCUGCUGAAGCCUUCUUUUCCAAGAGCUGCUCACAGCAUCGUGCCUCAUCCCCUGAUGCUUGUGACCGUGAUCCGUAUUGAAGGAAUGACAUGCAAUUCAUGCGUGCAGUCAAUUGAGGGGCUCAUUUCACAAAAACCAGGUGUGAAGUCAGUAUGUGUGUCGCUGCGGGACCAUAAUGGGACUAUAGAGUAUGACCCCACCCUGACCUCUCCAGGUGACUUAAAAAACUCAAUUGAAGACAUGGGCUUUGAUGCAUCUGUAGCUGUACCCCCGAGCCCAGAGCCGGUGGUGCUAAUAACCGAGCCUUCCCAGGAGAGGCUGGCCAGAACUCAGGAGAGCAAACUUCCCAGAACAGCAGCUCAUCCCACCCCGUCGCCAGCUCCUAACAGACCAGGUCUGAAGACACCAUCAAAAUGCUACAUUCAGAUCACUGGCAUGACUUGUGCUUCCUGUGUGGCAAACAUUGAGAGGAAUCUGAAGAGAGAAGAUGGAAUAUGCUCUGUACUCGUUGCCCUGAUGGCUGGGAAGGCUGAAGUGAGAUACGACCCUUCCAUCAUCCAGCCCCCGACUGUAGCAGAAAUGAUUAGAGAGCUGGGCUUUGGUGCUACAGUGCUGGAGAAUUACGAUGAAGGAGACGGCAUCUUGGAGCUUGUUGUAAGAGGGAUGACUUGUGCCUCGUGUGUUCAUAAAAUAGAGUCUACCCUUAUGAAAAUGAAAGGGGUUCUGUAUAGCUCAGUGGCUCUCGCAACCAACAAAGCCCACAUUAAGUACGAUCCUGAGAUAGUUGGCCCUCGAGACAUUAUACAGAUUAUAGAGAAUCUAGGGUUUAAUGCUGCGUUAGUGAAGAAAGAUCGAUCUGCAAGCCACCUAGAUCACAAGCAGGAAAUAAGACAGUGGAAACGGUCCUUCCUUGUAAGCCUGAUUUUCUGCAUCCCUGUAAUGGGGCUCAUGAUUUACAUGAUGGUGAUGGACAGUCACAUGUCGGCCAUGUCCAUGGCUUCUAACCUGACUCAAGAAGAAAUGGAAGCCCACCAUCCACCAAUGUUUCUGGAGCAGCAGAUCCUUCCCGGGUUGUCAGUUAUGAAUUUGCUCUCCUUUUUAUUGUGUGUCCCUGUACAGUUCUUUGGAGGUUGGUACUUCUACAUUCAAGCUUACAAAGCACUGAAGCAUAAGACGGCCAAUAUGGAUGUGCUGAUUGUCCUGGCAACCACCAUUGCGUUUGUCUACUCCUUUGUGGUUCUCCUGGUUGCAAUGGCUGAGCGGGCAACAACCAAUCCUGUGACUUUCUUUGACACACCGCCAAUGCUGUUUGUGUUCAUUGCGUUGGGGCGAUGGUUGGAGCAUGUGGCUAAGGGUAAAACAUCAGAGGCCCUUGCGAAGCUAAUUUCACUACAAGCAACAGAAGCAACUAUUGUUACUUUAGGCCCAGAUAAUAUCCUCUUGAGUGAAGAGCAAGUUGAUGUUGAACUAGUGCAGCGGGGGGACAUUGUGAAAGUGGUCCCAGGCGGCAAGUUUCCUGUGGACGGCCGAGUUAUUGAAGGACACUCCAUGGUGGAUGAAUCACUCAUCACAGGUGAAGCAAUGCCUGUGACCAAAAAACCUGGCAGUUCGGUCAUAGCAGGUUCCAUUAAUCAGAAUGGAUCCCUGUUGAUCUCGGCCACCCAUGUUGGGUCUGACACUACUCUCUGCCAGAUCGUAAAGCUUGUGGAAGAAGCUCAGACUUCAAAGGCGCCAAUUCAGCAGUUUGCUGACAAACUGAGUGGCUAUUUUGUUCCCUUCAUUGUUGGUGUUUCUGUGAUUACACUUUUCGCCUGGAUUGUGAUCGGAUUUGUCAAUUUUCAAAUUGUGGAAACUUAUUUUCCUGGCUAUAAUAAGAGCAUUGCCAAAGCAGAGGUAGUGAUCCGCUUUGCUUUCCAAGCCUCCAUUACCGUGCUGUGCAUCGCCUGCCCGUGUUCCUUGGGAUUAGCAACUCCAACUGCUGUGAUGGUGGGAACUGGAGUAGGAGCACAAAAUGGCAUCUUGAUCAAAGGUGGAGAACCUUUGGAGAUGGCGCACAAGGUUAAAGUUGUGGUGUUUGAUAAAACGGGGACCAUCACCCAUGGAACUCCAGUGGUGAUGCAAAUGAAGAUGCUAGUGGAGAGUAACUGGAUACCACGAAAGAAAGUCUUGGCACUGGUGGGAACAGCAGAGAGCCACAGUGAGCACCCUUUAGGAGCAGCAAUCACCAAAUACUGCAAACAGGAAUUGGACGCAGAUACCCUUGGAACCUGCACUGAUUUUCAAGUGGUGCCCGGCUGCGGUAUUAGCUGUAAAGUUACCAACAUUGAAGCCCUGCUGUGUAGCAGGAGUAAAGAUGUGGAAGAGACCAAUGUUAGGAAUGCGGCUCUGGUGAACAUGGAUGAGAAGGCUGAGGCCCUCAUGCAGCCGGCCCUGAUCAUCGAUGAGCAGUUGCCAGCCACAUGGACUUCUCACAAAUAUUCUGUUCUCAUUGGAAACCGAGAGUGGAUGUCUAGGAAUGGCCUUCUUCUCAGGAACGAUAUUGACAACGCAAUGACUGAGCAUGAACGCCGAGGCCACACGGCUGUUCUCGUGGCUGUGGACGGGGAGCUGUGUGGCUUGGUAGCCAUUGCUGACACUGUGAAGCCUGAAGCGGAUCUCGCCGUUCGGACUCUGAAGGCGAUGGGCUUGGAGGUGGUUCUGAUGACGGGGGACAAUAGCAAGACCGCUAGGUCUAUUGCUGCCCAGGUCGGCAUCACAAAAGUGUUUGCUGAAGUGCUCCCCUCCCACAAAGUUGCCAAAGUGAAACAGCUGCAGGAAGAAGGGAAACGGGUGGCUAUGGUGGGUGACGGCAUCAAUGAUUCCCCGGCCCUGGCCAUGGCCAAUGUUGGCAUCGCCAUUGGCACAGGCACAGAUGUGGCCAUAGAAGCAGCCGAUGUGGUUUUGAUCAGGAAUGAUUUGCUGGAUGUGGUGGCAAGCAUAGAUUUAUCACGGAAGACUGUUAAAAGGAUACGGAUCAACUUUGUCUUUGCUCUCAUUUACAACCUUAUUGGUAUUCCUGUUGCUGCUGGCGUCUUCCUGCCAGUUGGUUUGGUUCUGCAGCCUUGGAUGGGCUCUGCAGCGAUGGCAGCAUCCUCCGUGUCCGUCGUGUUGUCUUCUCUGCUGCUAAAACUCUACAAGAAGCCUACCUGUGAGAAGUACGAGCGCCACGCCCGCACCCAGGUGAGGCACAAGAGCCCUUCAGAAAUCAGUGUCCACAUUGGGAUCGACGACGUUGGACCAGGAUCUCCGAAGCUGAGCCUCAUGGACCGAAUUAUCCACUACAGCCAGGCCUCCAUCAACUCCCUCUUCUCCGACAAGCGCUCCCUCAGCAACGUUGCCCUGAGCGAACCCGACAAGCAUUCACUUCUGGUUGGGGAUUCCCGGGAGGAGGACGACACAACCGUCUGAAGACGUGGAGCAGGGCCUUCUCCCACUGCCAGAUGUCUGGACUACGCUGUGAGCGGUUUGGACAUCUCUUGGGCUUGACCUGCUCAGCUGAAUAAGGGCACUGUUGUUUUUUUCCAGCGGAGAUCGGUGUGUUCUACACGGUUUGCCCCUCUUAGUGGGCCAGAGCGUGACACGAUGGAGCAAAACCUGGAGCUACAGUACUGAGUUGCUUUUCAAAUUGAUUUUCUGGUAAGAAGCCAAGAUAACGACAUCCUCUGGUUGCUACCAGCACAUGGUUUCUAGGUUUUGUUGCUGUUCUUCCAUUUGCCAAAGAAGCGUGCCUUACUCCUGCUGCCCUGCAGCACAGGCAUUCUCAGAAAAGAUCGUCCCUGGAAUUGGAAAAGAGCGGAGCAGCCCUCCUCGCGUAGGCCGCCCCUCUUGGCCAACUUCAGAGCAGGACCUUCCUCCUCGCGAGGCUGUUGGUAAGCCAGCCAGGCCCUGGCACCUUUCUGGGCUGCCCUCCCAGCCAAGGGUGUAUCAGCAGGACCCCGUCUCAUCCUGCCCUCCCUCCUUUGUGGCUUGUGAGGAAUGUGGGGUUCGUUGGUAGGACUUGGUGUCAGCGUUGCCCUUCUCCUGCCUGGCUUGCUAGACUCAGCUGCGCCAGCUCUGUCCACUUUCUUCCUUUCUUGCUCUGUGUGGGAGCCCAGCAAAACAAGCCUUUCGUUUUUCCUAAGAUAAUCCUCCAGACCCCCGAAGAACUGAAACUGCCCAGUUGCCUCCAUGCUGUUCCCAGCCCUCCUCUCGGCUCUCUAUCAUGUUAUGGAUAAUUUGUAAGGUUUUGCACAGCUAGGAGGACUCAGAGGCUCUUGCCCCUCCCUGCAAGGGCUGUUCUCCUCCAUAAUAAACUUCCAAACACAGGUUUGGCUUGAUUAUGAACAGCUGUCUGGGGAAUGAAAUUGGCCUUAGCACAUAACCUCGUUGCUCUUCAUAAUUGUGGAUUGGGAGGUGCAAGAUUUCAGCCCUGUAAAAUGGUGUAAUCAGCGAGUUGAACUUGCAUAUUAAGGUGUCCUUUUACCUGAUAGUGGACUUGUCUUCAUUUAAAGCAUUUAUAAAGUAGUGAGAUAUACCUAUCAGGAUCAAAAUUCAGGGAAAAAAAAUCUUGUUUAUUUAAAUUACAAUUUUGUUUAGGUCACAAAAUUUAGGCAUCUUUAAUACCCCUUAUAAAAUGAUUUGGAAUAAUCAUGUAGAGAAACACUGCCUAAGCCAUAGCUUUUUAAAAUCAUUUCUCCUUAAAUCCUUCAGCCGUCCUGAGUGCCCUCCGAGAGAUAGGCUCGGAAAAUUGCGACGGUGAGGAUGACGACGAUGCAGAAGUGCAGCACCGUCUGCAGAAUUCUUUGUGGAUCAGUGAAAAUCCACUUCCAGAUGUCUCCUGCGCUAUUUAUCUAUCUUUUCUGGGAGUUGCACACAGAAAACACCCUCAGUGCCCCAUUGCAUCCACUAAGGAUUCCAGGGGUGAGGGGGAAAAAAGCAGGACUGUGUACAAAAAAAGUUAGGGUGAAUGAAAGAUUUCCUCCCCCAACACGUUGGAGGCAGGUUUUAGCUAUCAGGCCCCUAAUUCUGAUUUUAGCUGGAGUCUGAUCAGGUUGUUAGGGAAAGAGGCCAAUGUCUGGCUCGCCCCUUUCCCAAGCUAGCCCUUUCCAGGUGCGCGUGGACCGUCUUGCCAAGAGUGUGGCAGCUUUCUUCGUUCCGCUUGCUGGCCAAAAGCCUCGCAGCGAGACGGGCGCCCAGUGCCCUGCUGCACUGACAGGAGUAACCCUCCGCUUUGGGGAGGACCACGUGGAAGGCCCAGGCCCCUUGGGGAACAAGCAGGCCUUGGUGCUUUUAAGCCGAACAAAGUAAGCUUUGGUUUUUUAAAUAUAAAAACAAAAUUUUAUUCCGUUCACAGAGCAGGGCAUAUCUUAGUACAGUAUUAAUGUAAGAAUGAUACACCUCAGUUUAGUCAAGUGAAUAUUAUUAGGUAGUGUGAAAACUGAAAAUUCACACGGUGAAUUGAAUUUUGUCAUUUCUGGAGGCAGUCAUCCUUUUUUUCUGAAUAUCCCCCCUCAUCCAGUUCUCUGCCAUCAUGGCAUGACUUGGUAAGAUUUUAAGAGUCCUUAUCUUGAUAUUUUUGUGAAUAAUAUUUUAUACUUGGCUUUGUUUCAAAGAAUCAAAAGUUGCUUCUUUGCCUUGAAUGUACAGUACUCAUCGAAAAUGUAAAGUUAUUCUUUCUGUAAAUAAGUUUCUUUUCUGCCUCAAGCACACUUGUUUAUCAGGAGUCUUUAUCAGUCAAAACCGCUUCAAAAGCAGAUUUGAGAACAAGCUAUUCAUUGCAUUUAAUUGUAUUUAUUUUUGCUAUUUGCUUCUGGUAGGUUCAUGUAUCUGAAACGCGUUUUAUGAUUUAUUUAAAUUAUUAGACAACACACACACAGACACACACAAACAUAAAGGCAAGUCAGGAUUUCCCCCCAUGUCUUUUUCCAUCUUCUACUUGGCUUUUAAAUUCAGAGGUUUCUCUUUCUCUUCCCUUCCCUUCUUGGCUGGGUGUCCGCUCUUUUUAAAAUGCUGCAUGUCCACCUCUCCCUUUGGAUAUUCACAUGUGGGCAUUUCAAGCAGAGCAUUUAAAAAAUGCUGAAAAAUUGCUUUGGAGAAGCCACGGUUAGCGAUGGCGCAGUGAUCCCGCAUGCUGGCUCACGCUUUAUAAUUUCCUUUAGUCUUUUAGAAGAUCUUCCAAGCCAGCCUCAGUCAGCUUAAAAUGCACUGGACUUGCUUCCCAUCGUUUCUGGAUCCUGCAUCCAGCAGCCAGGCUGGCUGGGUAUGAUGCAAGUUGCAAUCCAAGCGUUCUUGCAGGCACCCAGGUCAUAAAGGGGGUUUGAUUCCAGAGCAGGCUUCUCACUCCAGUGACAUAUGUCUUAUGCAAACCUACUUCAACGUGUUCAAAAUUAAAAUGAUGCCGAGUUUGUUUUAUUGCAUUGGUGGUGGGGAUGUCUGAAGGUGUCUGUUCACAGGUUCCAUGGGGCAACUAUUUAUGCUGCUGCUGCCUGUCCUGGUCUUGUUAAGUGGGUCUAUCUGACACAGGCACCCAUUGACUAAACUUUUGGUGUAAAUUCAGAAAACAGCAAAGAGCCACUCUGCAGAUCCCUUGUGAUGAGCAGAACUGCCUUUCCGUUUUUCUCCAGGAAAAAAAAUUAACUGCUUCUAAAAAAAGAAAAAAGCUAGAACUGUUUUUGCCUCCCUGAGCCUUGGACAUGGCUUGGUUCCUCCAGCCAAAAAGCAGAAGUCCCAGAUCUGCUGAUUCCAUUUUCAGGAAAUAGUCCAAGGUUGUUGAAGGAAAGCCAAAAAGAACUUUAAGCAACCCUGUGCAAUAUUAGUUUAUGAUACAUUAUAUAUUACUUGGGGAAUAUGUCACGAUCUUCUCAAGAAAGUGCCUUCACCUCUAUAAAUGUUAUACUGGAACAUUAAA